UUCAAUUUUAUAUAAAAUGGCUGCGAUUUUAUCAAGCGUACGUCAAAAAUUUUGAAAAUAAACGUAUAUUAAAAUAGCCAAAGACCCAUUGGGACAUUACCUCAAAACCUUGUACUGAUGAUAUAUUUAUAGUUAUUGUGGUUAAAUAGAUAAUUCCGAAUUGAAGCCAUGAUUCUUCAAGAACCUGUGAAGGCAGCAAUAUGGCAUUGCUUAGAUCAUUACGAUUAUUUAGACGCCGUUUUUUUAUCCGAAAGAUUACACGCUGAAGUGAAAACCGAUGACAGUUUGUUUAUGCUUGCUACCGCUUACUAUAGGAGUGGGAAGAUGGAUCACGCUUAUUAUGUGUUGAAGGAUCGCUUCGGUUCAACUCCUCAAUGUCGCUAUUUGUUUGGUUGUUGUGCGUACGAAAUGCAAAAAUAUUUCGAAGCAGAGGCGGCAUUGUUGGAGCGCGAGGGAUCCUUUGAUAGUUUGAUCACCGAAUUCGGUGAACAGGCUUCCUUUGCGUUAUUUCUCUUGGCGAAGAUUUUGGUUAAAACUGAAAGAAGAGGGAAGGCGGCGGAAGCUUUCAGGAAGGCGCUUAAAUUGAACCCAUUUUUAUGGUCAAGCUUUGUAGAGCUGUGUAAUUUAGGAGAAAAACCAAAUCCGAACAGUAUUUUCCAAGUGUCAUCGUCAGAUAACGUUUCACUCAGUAUGAAUAACGUAGAAAAUAUGUCGACACCGAACAUGGAUACCCAAUCGUUUAUAACACCACAACAGCUCCCUAUUUUAAAUCAAACUCGUCUCAAUUCGAAGGUUUGCUCGCCAGACGAAAGCCCACUAGCUAAUCCACUGUGUUUGUCGGGACUCGGAUUAUUACCCCCUUCUCGAAUAAAGCCCCUAAGAAAUCGCUUGGCAUCCGGAUCUAUUAGUCCCCAGCCGAGUUUUGGACAGUUGCAGUUCGAUAGCCCCGAUACAUUUAUGUCGACACCGAUAGUUUCUCAAACGACACUCACCGAAGUGAACGAUCAACACAAAUCGCUAGCGAAAAAAGUUAGAGCUCAUAUGGGACACUUAAUUAAUCGAAAGGAACCUCACUUGCAAAAUAGUAAACCCGUCUUUAGCCAGUCUAGUAAUACGAUUUCCCCAAGUACUCCCACUCCCGCCACUAACAUACAGUCGAACGUACGGCGUAGUUCCCGCAUAUUUAGCAGCCAUAGCUACUCGGUUAAAGAGAACAACAAAUCUCCGAAUCGAAAUAAGUUUGCGACACCAAAGUCUCCGUCGAGAAAAACAAAGCAACGUUUUGCCAAAUGUAAUUUAACCAAAACGGACACUUUUACAGAAAACGCCAAAAAUCGCCUCGAGAAGGAGAAAGCGGAAACGAUAACCUCGACUGAAACGAAGAAUAGUGCAAUAACGAGUCAACAAGCUGCCAUAAAACAAAGUGCCGAAGGUCUGAUGUGUCUAUUACGAAGUAUGGGCCAGGCCUAUCUCAAUUUAUCACAAUUUAAUUGUAAGACAGCGAUAGUCGAAUUAAAUAAUCUCCCCUCUCACCAUCACACAACAACUUGGGUGUACUCGAUGAUCGGCCUGGCGUACUUCGAGAUGUCGGAGUAUGAGAAUUGUAUAAAUUACUUUAGCGAAAUUCGUAGUAAGGAACCGUAUCGAAUAGACUAUAUGGACAUUUACUCGUCGGCCUUAUGGCAUUUGCAGAAAGAGGUCACGCUGUCGGCUUUAGCCCAAGAACUGAUCCAGCUAAACAAGAAUUCGUCGAUAACUUGGUGCGUGAACGGCAACUGUUUUUCACUACACAAGGAACACGAUACCGCCAUUAAGUUUCUGCAACGCGCCGUGCAGGUCGACCCUUCCUGUGCAUAUGCUUACACCCUCUUAGGUCACGAAUACAUCAUGACCGAAGAGCUAGACAAGGCAAUGAGUUGCUUUCGGAACGCAAUUCGUAUCAACCACCGUCAUUACAACGCGUGGUUUGGCAUUGGCACGAUAUACUCGAAGCAGGAACGUUACCAGUUGGCCGAGAUCAACUAUUGGAGAGCGCUCUCGAUCAACCCCCAUAAUUCCGUUCUCAUGUGCCAUGUCGGAAUGGUACAGCACGCGUUAAAGAAAAGCGAGAAAGCUCUUCAGACGUUUAAUACGGCCAUAAGCAACGACAAUAAAAAUGCGCUGUGCAAAUUUCAUCGGGGCUCCAUUUAUUUCGCGCUCGGGCGCCAUGCCGAAGCGCUCAAGGAACUGGAGGAGCUAAAAGAGAUCGUACCCAAAGAAUCUUUGGUUUAUUAUUUAAUGGGUAAGGUGCACAAGAAAUUGGGAAACACCGACUUGGCCCUGAUGCACUUCAGUUGGGCAACCGAUUUGGAUCCGAAAGGGGCCAGUAGUCAAAUAAGGGAGGCCUUUGAUCCUACGGUUGGUAGAAAUGCCAAUGACGCCGAGUCAUCUACUUCCCCCACCGUUGAGGAGUACCAGUCCGAAAGCAACUCGGUACAACAGCAAGAGGAAUUUGUCCCUUUGCCGGAAGAGAGCGACGAUAGUGCUUAAAUUCACGUUCCUAGAUAGAAAUUCUACGGUCUCUUUACAUUAGCGUUAUGUACAAACUUUUCUUUGAAUUUACCAAAAGGACAUUUACGAUUUAAUUUAAUGUGAUUUGUACGAAGUUUUAUGUAUAGUAAUAAUGUGUAUAUUUUGUUUAGUUCUAUCAUUUCUACAUUAUUUUAAAGACACACAAAUUGUGAUCAUACCUUUCUCGAUGAUUUAAGUUAUUAAAGAUAAUUGUAAGUACUGCCAGUACAGUAUAAAAUGGAUAGCUGGUUUAAUUUAAUAAACAAUAUGGAAAUAUUUAUGUUACUAUUUAAACAUGUUUGACUGCAAUGAAGACUCAGAUGAAGCAUUA